CGCCGACGGCUACCUCACCAGCAGCUGUGGCGGAGGGUGCAGAGAAAUGGGCCAACGGCCACCGUCUUCAUCAAAAUUUCUGGGGAAAGGCAUCGGGUGUAGUUACUACCCUGAUCCAUUCUCCGGGCAAGGGUGCUUGCGCGCGUCGGCCAGGUGGCUUAUCGUCUGGCGCUUCCUGCAUCUAGUUUGAUUCAUUCUGUGGUGCAUGUUUCUCAACUCAAGAAGGCAUUGGCUCCUACUGAAACAGUUCAAUCUCAAUUGCCGGUUUUCCUUGCUGAUCAAGAUGCUUCUCCAACUCCUCUUCGCAUUUUGGAUCGGCGUUUUGUUCGUAAGGGAGCCAAACUGGUGGAAUUUGUUCAGGUUACUUGGUCUGGACCAGAUGCUGAGGUGAUCACCUGGGAGAAUGCUCAAGAAUUGCGGCAUCGCUUUCCAUCGGCUGAAGCUUGGGGACAAGCUUCGUCUCAAUGGGGGGAGAAUGUCACGGCAUCGUCAUCGUCAUCUCCUGUUCCUCAUCAGACAAGCGAUGCAGCUUCUCCGUCGGACCAAGAUGGGCUCAGAAAGUCGCAUUGUGAACGACGGCCCAAUGCGGCCUAUAACAGGAGUGAGUGGACCCAGUAGUGACUGGCUGGGCCACAUGUAAGGGAGAGAGAUCCAAUGGCUCAUUGCUAUAUAAGGAUCGGCAGAGAAGAGAUGUGAUUUGAACAAUGUAAAAACAGAAUUCCCCAUCUAAAUCAAUCCUUCUCUGUUCUAUCUCUGCUUCUCUGAGUUCUUCCUUCUUCCUUCCAAUUUCUUCCAAAAUCCUCACGAAUCCUCCAUUGUUGCGGUACAAAGCUAGGGUGCCGUGACACACACGUGCACAGGAUAAGUAAUAACAGGAUGCAGAAUACACUUUCUCUACUGCGUAGGUACAGUAGGCAGUAUAAUGGCCACACAUAUACUAGUUCGAGCAAGGAGAUGCUUACAUACCUCAUUGUCACGGGCUCACAUUGAUUGGUGCUCACCACGCUACUAUGGGUUAGGUCAUGUACAAUGUGUCCUCGGGAUUAUGGGUCUCAUCUUCCACCUAGAUUCGGAUGCCACGUUAGAUUCUCGAAGGUUGCCUCACGGGCGUUAAAGUAGCUCCUGUAAUACCUGGUUGCUAUAUUUUGGAAAAUGGGAGUAGUUAUUACGCAAAACCCUUUACUUGAAAAAUGUACUAUAAAAACAAUGAUUCCACAUAAAUACAUUAGUAAACUAAUGAAACGGUUGGUACAAUCUUUUCUUUUUUGUUAUUUUGUUAUUAUCUAUUACCAUUUUCAUGUGGUCCGGUCAGUAAAACAUAAAAAAAUGAGCAUGCGUCUGUCGGUCGGUUGGGAAUUUCUGCAAACGUUUUCAUCCCAAGCUAUUUUUUUACCCUACAUAAUCAGUUGAUCACUACAGAUGAAGAUUUUUUUUCCUUUUAAUCUUAGAAUGAAGAAAUUGAAGAUGAAUUUGGCCCUAUGACCAAAACCUUACCGGCCUCCAACGCACGCAUUUUGUACAACCUCCGCAGCCCAACCUAAAACCGCGCUAACCGAACCCAAACCAACCGCCCAAAUACACGCGCGCGCCCGCGCAAACGCUCUCGCACUCACCCACCCCACUCACCUCUCUCUCGGUCUCGCCUCGCCGCCAUGGCGGCUCGCGCGCGCCGCGCCGUCGCCGUCGCCGUCGCCGUCCUCCACCUGCUGCUUCUCACGGCCUCCCAGCUCGCCGCUCCUGCCUUGUCGGCCAUGGCGCCGCCGGCCGCGCCACUGCCAGGCAGCGCCGACCCGCGGUGCCACGCGAGCCCGCCGCGGCGCGGCGCUGUGGCGGUGUACCCGAGCGACAUGGCGCACAUCCAGUUCCUCCUCAACGCCAAGUUCGUGGAGGCGGAGUGGUUCCUCCACGGCGCGCUCGGCCGGGGCAUCGACUUCAUCGACGGCGCCCUCUCCGGCGGCGGGCCGCCCCCCACCGGCGCGCGCAAGGCCACCCUCGACUUCCGCGCCACCGAGGUCGCCGCCGAGCUCGGGUACCAGGAGGUGGGUCACAUCAGGGCGAUCACCCAGUCCAUGGGCGGGUUCCCCCGCCCCGCGAUCGACCUCAGCGACGCCGUGUUCGCCGCGGUGAUGGACGACGCCAUGGCCACCCGCCUCGACCCCCCCUUCGACCCCUACGCCAGCAGCGUCAACUUCCUCCUCGCCUCCUACAUCCUCCCCCACAUCACCGCCUCCGCCGCCGUCGGCAUCAGCUCCUCCCUCAUGGGCUUCUCCUCCAAGCGGCUGCAGGCGAGCAUGCUGGCGGUGGAGGCGGGGCAGGACGCGGUGAUAAGGAUGAUGCUGUACGAGCGCGCCGACGAGGUGGUGGCGCCGUACAAGGGGAGGACGGUGGCGGAGUUCACGCGGCGGAUCUCCGAGUGGAGGAACGCGGCUUCGAGGUGCGGCGCCAAGGACGAGGGGGUGAAGGUGCUCGACCGGAGGCAGGGCGCGGAGCGGCGCACCGUCAGCAACAUCCUCGGCGCCGGCGACGACUCGCUCGGGUUCGCGCGCACGCCGGCGGAGGUGCUCCGCAUCCUCUACGGCUCGGGCAACGAGCAGGUCCCCGGCGGCUUCCUCCCCCGCGGCGGCAAUGGCACCAUUGCCAAAGGAUUCUUCCAGCUCGCCUAAAUGAUCGACCAUUGUUGCUGCGAAAAAAAUGAUGGUUACAAACUUACAAUUCAUCACAAAAUAAAAUCUUAGUUCAAACAUAUUUCAUCCCAACUACUCCCUCCGUUUCAAGUGAAUAUGCUUUCCGAAGAAGACUAAAUAUGCUUUUUUUUAAGUACAGUACAAACAUGUACGCUCACAUACACACGUACAUACACACCCUAUAGACGGACAUUGUA